AUGGAACAGUUUAUCUCCACAGUCUUUCGUCAAGCUUUUAGUUUAGAUGUUCAACAAUCGAGUCUGGAUCUUCUUCAAUUAUUCGUUGGAAAAGAUUUUAUCUUAUCUGAAACAUUGAUUCAUCUAAUCGAACGUUGUCUUUAUGAUGGAGAAGUGUCGAUCUCAAGUAAAUCCAUUGGUGUUCUGCAAAUCUAUUUGAAAAAACAUCCAUUACCACCCACGACAUUUGUCUGUCUCGAACAUCUCUUAACUCGAGAAACACCGAUAAUGAAUGAAGUGAUUUCAAUUCUCAAAUCUCUCGUUAUGACAGGUGAACGUUUAUCGAAAAAAGCUAUUGAUAUGCUCGCUCAACUAUUAUUUAAAAGUUCUCAACCAAACGAAAUUACAAAACUAUUAACACAUGCUGAUCGAAAUCAACCAUUACCGAAAAGUAUCGAUGAACUUCUUCGACAGAUUUAUUAUGGGAAAAUCCUUCGAUAUUCAAGAUGUCCAGCCACUUCAAAUAAAGCGAUCAAAGAACUUCUCUAUUCGACUAGCCAAGGAAGAUCUUUAUGUACAUCUGUUCUCGAUCUUCUUCUUCGAAAAUUAGAAUCCGAUCAAGAACAACGUUCGGCAUUGAUGCCAAUCUUAGUCAACGUUGUUUCCAAUGGACAAUCAUUGAAUAAAGAUGAACAUUUAUCAAUUUUAGGAAAGAUCUUUUUCGAACAGAUCGAUCAACCAUCGAUCGAUCUGAUCCAAAUCUUUACUCAUUUGACGCGCCAAAAUCAAAUUAUUGCCGAUGAAAUCAUCGGCCGAUUAUAUGACUAUGUAACAUAUCCACCUAUGAAUCAUUUUAUUAUCGAAAUCUAUCAAUAUCUCAUUGAACGGCAAAAACCAUUGGAGGCAUCGAUGAUUUCUCAGAUCUUUCAAUUGUUCUUCAAUGAACGUCGAUGGAAACAAUUUCAUCCUGAUUUACAGUAUCGAUUAGCUUUGUUUUAUAAAGCUGUGGCUGAUAAUCGAUCGAAGGAAAUCGAUCAAAGAUCUCUUUCAUUUCUCCUUCGAUCGGAUCAAUCGCUCAAUGUUCGCAAAGAAAUCUGCACCGCCCUUCGACUUUUGAUCGAUCAUGGAGAAAAACUUCAGCAAAAAACCAUCGAUAUUCUGAUCAAUUUCAUUAACAAUGAUGAUGAUGCGGAUCUUCAAACGAUUUCAUUUGAAAUUCUCAAUUGUGUUCGAUCGUCCGAUAGAAAUAUCUCCAAAUAUCUCGAUGUCUUUCAAUGUAAUGAUCAAACGGAUGAUCGAGUGUUAUUGAAACAAUUGAAAGAGGCAAUGACCAUCGGAAUGAAGUUACCCGAGCCAUUAAUCAUUCGAUUAUCACACAUGCUCUACAGUUGUGAUUUACAAGUGAAAACCAAUGCAGCGAUGAUCUUGGCAUCGACAAUGUCAAAAAGGAACACUCUUUCACCGCGAGUCCUCAGUAUCAUUUCAAUGACACUUCGAGAUGAAACGAUCAAUAUGAAAACAUUACAAUUGUUGGUCGACAAUCGAUCUGAACAACCGUUACCCAUGGCAGUUAUUGAUGAUCUUCGCUAUUUAGCCACUCGUUCAUCGAAAGAACCUGUACAACAAUGUGUUCAAGAGAUUCUUGCGACACAAAUGAAGAACAAUCGAACAAAAGUCGAAUUCCUUUUUGAUUAUCUCAAUACGAAGAAGGACAAGAGUUAUGCAAAUGAUGUUCGUCGAAUCUUGAAAAUAUUUCGUGGAAUGAUUAUCAUCGAAAAACGAAUCACCGAUGAACUAUUUACAUUGGUGAUGGAACAUUUCCUUGGUAAAGAUCAAGAUGAAAUUCUCGAUCUUUUUCUUCUAGCCCAUCAACACAAUAUUCCACUUGAUCAACAUUUAGAUCUGAUGAGAUCCAUUGAAAUGGCCCUAUCGAAAGAUCCCAAAGUCAAACUGAUUGAACUGAUGGGGAUUCUCAUCGAUCAGGGUGCUAUGAUUGAAGAUAAAACCCAACAAAUUCUAUUCCAAGUGUUCGUUGAAAAUAAUGAUGAAAGUACUUUGAAAGUACUCGAAUGUGUUGCACAUCAUCGACCAUUACCGAAAGAGAUGCUACUGUUCUUCGUUAAAUGUCUUUCUGAUCCAUCGAAAGAAAUGUUCGUCACCCUCACAAUCUCGAUCAUUCGUCACCAGAUUCUACAAGGUUUGAUCGACAAUCCGAUGGAGAUUAUUGAAAAAAUCCACUUCCCUUCAUUUAUCGAUCUCAGUCGGUUGACAGCAUUCGAUUCGAUGGAGAAACGUCUCAAUACCAUUCAAACUCUUCUCUUCGUUAAUUAUUUUCAACCCGAUGUUUUUGAACAACCCAUUGAACAAUGGUCACGAAAUUGUCUUUCCAUUGAAAUUCUCACUAACUGUGGUCCCGAUAUCACGACGGAAGGUAUCAUCAGUUUUUAUCAAUAUUUAACACUAUGGGAGCAAUUCAAACAUUACAAAAUCUGCGAUGAUCAACGCGAUCUUUUCCUUCGACAUUUUAUUGAAAAACAACGUCGAGAAACAUUAACAUUACCGAUAAUCAAUGAUGUUCUCAUCUAUGCUAAAACAUCCUCAGAUACACCAGUGAUGAUUCUCUUCUCGAAUCAGUUGAACUGGUUCAUGAAAUUACGUUUAAAUUAUAUUGAAAGUCAACUUGUUCAAUCUUUCAGAGAUCUUCAAUAUUCGAAAUCUUUGAUCGAUCAUCUUGUUCAACGUCUUGGCGAUGAAGAACAAUUAACAGCUGUUUGUCUUGAUGUAUGUCUUCCUACAAUUCGAACAGCCGAUGAUAUCUUGACACUUCUCAACCUGUUCACCAGUUAUGCAUUGACGAAAGAUGGGUUUAUGGAAAUCUUCUUCCAUGCAACAACUCCAACAGAUUUUUCGACAUUGCAAAAGAAGAUUGAAGUUUUCAUUCUUGGAAAAACAUUGAAAUCCAAUUGGAUUGGAUCGAAUGAAAACUUGUCACGUGUUCGAACUUUGUUUCAAACUUUGAUUCAACGUGGAUGGACGGUACCGAAAUUACUGCUUAUUCUUACCAUCAAAGGCCCAACGAAAACACCGGAAGAAUUACUCUAUUUGAUCGAUAUUUUGAAGAUUCUUGUCGAUUAUAAUGUGGAUUCGAAUCUUUUUUCUCAUCUGGAAUCGAUUCUGUCGGAAAACGCACUUCGAGCCUGUUUAGUAUUGAUCUACAAUCGUGUGAUUGAACAUUGUUUUGGUUCAACAAGUUCAGAGAAGAAUCUCAGUACAUUAUUGUCUGAAUUGGACGAAUCGAAUCCACAGAUCAAUAAGAACGAGUUGCUGAUGAAAUAUGAAACGAUUGAAUCGAAGUACAAAUCAGAUUCAACUGUUUUUCCUCAGAAGAAACCUAUUGAAUCCUGGUCAAAAUCAAUGAUACAACGAUGGGCUAAACAUAAUCGAUCGAAAGCCGUCACCAUACUCGAAAUGAUUGCUGUGAUCAAACGUGCUAUUUUUCUCGAUUCAAAUUUCGAACCUCGUCCAAUUCAAAUCCUAGCUAUUCUCAUUCUACUCGAUCGAAAGGAUCAAGGUGGACGAUUAUUACAAAUCUUAACUGGUGAAGGUAAAUCAACAGUUGUAUCAAUCUUAGCUGUGAUCAAAGCUUUACAAGAUCAACAUGUGGACAUCAUCACCAGUUCAAUUACCUUAUCCAAACGUGAUUCACAUGAACGAAAAGGAUUCUAUGAUUAUUUCAAUAUCACUGUUGCGCAUAAUAAUGAUGAAACAAAUUACACUUCAGGACCAAAACUAUGCUAUCAGGCGGAUAUUGUUUAUGGAAAUUCCAGUCAAUUCCAGUUUGAUCUUCUUCGUCAUGAAUUCAGUCUGUUGAAUACACGACCCCUGGAUAAAGACAAAGGUCUUAUACGUCGUUUUGAUGCUGUGAUCAUUGAUGAAGUAGAUAGUAUGUUAAUUGAUGAGAAUAAUACGUUGGCUCGUCUAGCUGAUCAAUUACCGGGGAUGGAAUGGCUCAAUCCAGUCCUCUAUGGCAUUUGGAGUUGUAUUGAUUCUGAGAAAGAACCAUCUGUAAAACGAGAUCAAAUUAUUGAUAAUAUGAGAAAACUCGUCUCUGACCCAAAGUCAGAUUUGAAACUUCCUCAACAUUUGAAACGUUUCAUUGAUGAAUCGAUUCCAAUUUGGAUCGAUCAUGCCAUUCUAGCAAAAGUGGAAUAUCGACUCGAUCAUCAUUAUAUGAUUAAAUCGGACGAGACACGAACCAAACGAAUAAUGCCGAUUGAUUUCUCGAAUACAGGUGUUGUGCAACCGUGUACAACAUGGAGUGAUGGUCUACAUCAAUUUCUGCAAAUCAAACAUGGAUUGAAAAUGACCGAAUUGACUGUAACAACGAAUUAUCUCUCGAAUAUUGGUCUUUUCGUUCGUUAUGGGAAGAAUAUCUUCGGUUUAACUGGAACCAUCGGUUCGAAGGACACACAGAAUCUUCUCGAUCGAAUUUAUCAUGUUGAUACAAUUAUUAUUCCACCAUUCAAACAGAAACGACACAUUCCAUUGAAAGCAAUUUUAACUGCAAACGAUGAUCAAUGGUUGAAAACAAUUGUCUCGGAAACGAUCAGCAAUGCUCGACAUCAACGCGGUAUUUUAGUCAUUUGUGAAACUCGAUUAGAUGCGAAAACGAUCAGUAAACAAAUCCAACGAGCAGAUCCAACACUUCUCGUUCGUUUAUACACGGAUAAUACCGAUGCAGUUGAAUCGGAUGUCGUUGGAAAUCGAAUUCAAUCGGGUGAGAUCAUUGUUGCAACAAAUCUGGCAGGUCGAGGAACUGAUCUGAAAACCAGUCCAAAUGUUGAGAAAAACGGUGGUUUACAUGUUUGUUUAACCUAUCUUCCCAAUAAUUUACGUGCGGAAGACCAAGCUUUUGGUCGCACUUCUCGUCAAGGUCACCGAGGAACAUCACAAAUGAUUCUCAAUUCUCAACGAACAUUUGAACAAUUAAGGAGUAUUCAUCCUGAAUAUUCAAUAACAAAUCCAAGAAGAACAUUCACUCAUUCAAUGGAAAUCAUUUGUGAUUGGCGUCAAGAAGCGGAACGAAUUCACCUUGAACAAAUGCGGAGAGACGAAAUUGUUGAGAUUAAAUUGAAAGAUCAAUUAUUUCAACGAUUCUGUCAACUAUUGAAUAAAUUACGUCAACAGAAUGACAAUGUCUAUCGACUUCUAUCCGUAAAAGAACAAUGGGGUCUUUGGCUGAAAUCGAUGGACUAUGCGACACAAAAUCGUCGAAAUCUUCGUCUCUAUUUAGAAAAACUCGGUUUCAUUCCUGACGAUGUUCCAGCAGAUGGUCAUAGUUUCUUUCAUGCUCUCUCCAAACAAAUCCAUGGUGAACUCACUGCUGAUGAAAUCAAAAAUCAAGUGAUCGAACAUAUGAUCAAUCAUUCCGAUGCCUACCGAACGAUCAGUGAAGAAGAACGUCAUCAAGCCACAUGUGAAGCAUUGAAGAUGAAUUUAAUCAUCUAUCGAACUGAUUCUCGUUCUCCACAUAUCUAUGAACGAGAAGAUGCCAUUCAUACGUGUACUCUUGGCUAUGAAGUUGAUUCCUAUUACUUUUCUCUUCGAUCGAAUCAAUCGGAUGAUCCAACGGUAAAGACAAAACAAGAGAAAUUUCGACGAGAACAACCUUUCAAGCAAUUCAAAAUAUUCGUCGAUCGAGCAAAAAAACAGAAGGAAACAUUGAAUGAACAAUUAGCAACAAAAAUCAUCGAUCAUGAUCUGAACACUGGUUUCACCACAUUUGAAAACGAAAUGAUAAAGAAUUAUGAAAAAGAGGAUUUCAUUCGGAAUCCAUGUUAUCUCUUGAUGGACGCAGAAACGGUCAUCAAACAACUGACAACUUGGUCGAAUAGUGCUCGAUCAUGGAUUGAAGGUCUUCCAGGUACUGAUAAACGUGCAGUGACUUAUAAAGAUGCUGUUGAUCGAUUGGAAAAAGCCAUUAAACUUGAUCCUAUCUUUACAUUUGCUGCCCAAGUGAAUCUUGCCCAUUUUCUCAUCGAUAAAGAACGAUCAACACCACACUACAAAAUCAAAGCAAAAUUCUAUUUGAAUGAAGCACAAGAAAUCCUUGGGAAAUACAUUCUACCUCAAUUGUAUAGUAUGCAAAUGGAAACAGAGAAGAAGAAUGACGAGGAAUUAAUCUAUGAUGAUUUCAUCAAUCAGAUUAAAUUAAAAGUGAGCAUUCUUCAGUUGUAUCAGAGUCAUGUUAGUCAAGCGAUCACGAUUAUUGAAGAUUCACAGAAAUUAAUCGAUAUCACUGUCACGGAUGAAGAUAAUCCUGGUCGAAUUUUUCUCGGGAAAAAAUUGUAUCAUGAUGAAGUGACAACGUUCCUCGAUCAAGCACAUGGAAAGAUCGAUUUAACUUUUCAUAGUUUGAAAAGUCAUACUGAUCUCUGGAAACAUGAUCAAGCAUUGAAAUUACUGGAGAUACUUUCGGAAGAAGAUCAACAUGUUUCAAUUCAUUUUCUCGAUGGAUCGAUGAAGAAAAUCGAAGAAUUGGAAUCGAUUAUCACCUCGGAAAAGAUUCAGUUGAAUAUCGAAUAUCUCGAUUCCAAUGAACUUGAUCCAUUGAUGGAAUUAGGAUCAAAGAUCGAUCUGAAAUUAACAGCAACAACAAAAGAUUAUCUGGCCGUACUCAAAGCCAUUCAUGAACAUGUGGAAUCAGAUGAGAAAUCUGAUCAAACACGACAAGAAACUUCCAAGACACGAACUGAUCGACGGAUUAUAGAAAUGGAUGACCACAUUGAAUUGAUCACUGAUACACAUCGUUUAGUAUUAACAUCUGAUAAUGCUUUGAAAACUCUUCGAGAUGAGAGUAUAGCCGUUGAAUCUAUUCUCUUCAAAUCGAUCCGCAAAGAACACGUGCAUUUUAUCCUAUCUCAUGUCACUCAACCCUGUUUUACAUUAAUAUUUCAUUCUUUAACUAUCGAUCGUUUGAAAAAGAUCGUCAAAGAUGUGACGAAACCAUUUAAUUACAAAUUUCGACAUUUAUCGACCAGUCAAGCGAAGACAUUGAUUGAAAAGACCAGUGAUCGAGAUUUUCUUCUCUUGAUUCAACAUUUAUCCUUCAAUCGUGCAAAGAAAAUAAUUCAGAAAUUCGAUCUCAAUGAACAAGAUGUGAAAAGCAGUUUGAAACAUUUGUCGGAAAUUUUUUCUAAAACUGAUCAACAAUACGAAGAAUUAAAUGCUUAUGGCUUGUUAGGUGUCAGUCUAUUGAUCAAUGUCGAUGAACUUACUCCACGUUCAUGGAUCAGUGCAACGCUUGUUGUCGUCGGCGGGGUUCUUCAAAUUGCUGGAGGUGUUUAUCUCACUGCAGUCACCUGUGGUUUCGGUAUUACUUUCGGUAUUUCAUUGAUUGGUGAAGGUAUCAAUGAUAUUAUCUUUGGCAUUCGAGGAGCUCUAUCACGACGAUUCUCUUGGAAAGAUUAUGCGAUACAAAAAGCUAUCAGUCUUGGUAUUUGCUUUGCAACAUUGGGCUUCUCAGCUGUUUCUCAAGCAUACAAAGGUGUCCAAGCAGUUGGAUUAGCGGGUGCAUCUUCCACUGUCUCAGCAACACGACAAGGAGUCGUGGCAAUUUUCAAGAACAGCUUUCGAACAGUUGGUUCGGGUGCGUUGAAAGGAGUUUCCAGUUCAAGUUGGUUAUUAGCUUUUACACAAGUCGGUAUUACGUGCGCUGAAACAGGUGUAAGAGAAUUGGCCAAUUACUUUUCUGAUGCAGCCUACCAAGGACUUCUUUCACAAGUUAAAUCCUUGAUUCGAGACGAGAUAGGAUCGGUCGUUCGAACAAAUCAGUCAAAUGAACAUUAUCAACGUAUAUUCAAUCGAGCAUUGACUGUCGAUCGAUAUUAUAAUAAAGAUGAAUGGCGAAAAGAACUUGAACGAAUUGCAAUGGAUAUUUUAACGAAAAAUAAAGAUCAAUUUCUGGAAACAGUUCAAUCUCUAUCCAAAGGUAUUACCGAUGCUUUUCUCAAUCAUUCACGACAGUUUUUACGUGAAACCGGUGACAAAAGUAAUUAUGGUGGAUAUGUCAAGACUGCUCAAUUGUUAUUGACCAUUGGACCGAUGCUGAAAGGUGCACAAGAGAUCCGAACAUUGACCGAUUCAUUCUAUACUCAAUACAUGGCACAACUGAAGAUAUUGGAAGAGAAAAUUCCGACAUUCGAAGAUCUUCUCGUUCAUGCCUCGAAUCAAGAAAUUUCAUCAUCAUUAUCAACGAGACGUGUCGUCAAAUCUUUAGUUAAACAUUCGAUUCUCACUUCUGAUGGUCUUCUUCAUUCUCAAUUCAAUCAAGGUAAUGAUGAAGAAUCUGAUUUGAGUAAUGCAGCUAGUUUCUUGCAAACAUCGGAUGGACCUGCACGAACACCAAAAGAAAUAUUACGUCAUCGAUUAAAGAAAUUGAAAUUUAAAAAAGAUGAACAACGAAUCUCUACGGAAACAGUGUUGAUGAAAAUUGUUGGUAGUGAAAAUCAUUCAUCACUUCGUGUCAGUAUCUUUCAAAAGAAAAUUGUCACUAUAUUAGUCGAUCAAGUUUGUGCCAUUCUCUAUGGUACUAUGGUCGCACCAUUGAAGCAUUUUGUCAUUUCUCAAACUAUUGCUGCAAUGUCAACGGCGAUUCAGCUUAAAAUCAAUCCUGAUAGAACCGUAAUAGAACAAUUGAUGGAACAAGGUGCACAACGUUACAUUCAUGGUGUUGCUAAUGGUCUGAUCGACAAGUAUAAUCGAGGUGAACUCAAAGUCGAUCCACAAGCCAAAGAAAAACUCGAUAAACUGCUUGAAGAAUCUCAAACCACGAGUAAACAAUCGAAAACAUUGAAUGAAAACUUAGCGUUGAAUGUCGUCAAUGGUAAACACGGUGGCAUUAUUGAAUUGGCUGUUUUAGCCAUGUUGACAAAGAAACCAGUCACGGUACUCAAAGAACAAUCUGAUGGACAAGCAACUGCAGAUGAUGGAAGUAUUCAGAUGGUUCACACUCCACCCACAACGGACGAAACAACAGGAAAAACAAUUGAUGGUCAUUAUGAAUUGGCGGGAGAUACUACAGCACAGGGUGGACCAAAUGAUUGCUUGUACACAAUUAUUCUUAGUAAAACACAAGAUCAAUUUUCAUCGGUUGAUGAUAUGCGAAUGCAAUGCGCUGCAUUUAUCUUAACCAAUCCGAGUUUUAUCUCGGGAAUUCAUCCAGCUUUAAGUAUCAUUAAUCACACUCGAAAUCCACUUCGUCGGAGAGAACUGAUAGGAGAAGGUGGAGCAAAAGAAGUUGAAUACGUAGACAAAAAGGUCAACACUUUAUCAGAGGCUAAGGAGAAAGUUGUGAAAGAUCUUAAGAAUUACGUCCGCGAUCGAAGUAUAAAUCAAAUCUCGAAUACGGCCAAAACGGAAAUUAUAAAAGUCCUUGACAAAGAUAAAGUAUUAAACAACUUUGAUGAAAUGACGAGUUAUGAGAAUGGAGUCGUUCAAAUUGAAUAUGAAAUUUGCGUGACAAAGGAAGCAGAUACAAAAGGUUUCAACAUGUAUCUUUCGAUCGAUGCUGAUCCUGCCAAUGACAAGCAUGCCAAGAAGAAAACUGAUCCUGCCAAUGACAAGAAGCAUUACCAACCUGAUCAUUUCGGUGCUGUGAUGGAUUGCGAUGGAGAGGGCAAGAAAACGACUCAUGCAUUCUUGCCGAAGGGUGUUCUGCAGUGUAGACGACCUCUGAACACAAGUGAUCCUGCACCACGCAAAAUACCAGGAUACCCAAUUUCAUUUAAAGUUCCUACCGGUGAAACUGUGACUUACAAAAUAACAAUUCACCGAUACGAGUGCCCGUUAGAAUGUGCUGAGGAAUUAUAA